AUGGAGUACGCAACUCCCAGGGUGGCCGAAGCAACCACGCGGCUUGAAGUUGUCGUAGAGGACCUUGUGCUUGAGCUCGAUGAGCUACUGCUGCUGGAAGAGGACGAGCUAGAAGAACUCGACGAAGUUGAGCUCGUACUUGUUUGCGAGGAAGACCUUGAGGAACUCGAAACACUUGAUGAGCUUGACGAACUUGAACUAGUGCUGAUGCUUGAGCUCGAAGUACUUGCAGUAGAGCUUGAGGUAGUUGUAGUUGUGGUUGUGGUUGUGGGCCGUGUCGAUGAAGAUGUGGAGGAGGAUGAGGAAGAUGUCGUUAAUGACGACGAUGAUGAGGAUGAGGAUGUAGUUAUAGACGAGGACGUAGUCGUAGGAGAAGAGGUGGUCAGUGUGGAAGAGGUGGUCAGUGUGGAAGAGGUGGUCAACGUAGAAGAGGUAGUCAAUGUGGAAGAGGUGGUCAACGUAGUCAAGAGCGUCGAGAUAAAAGUUGAAGACGAUGAGCUCGAGGACAAGGUCGAGGAUAGGAUCGAAGAUAGAUCAGUAGACGUUGCUUCCGAAGUGGUUGAUUCUGUUGACGAGGUAGUUUCCAAUAUAGAGCUGGAAGUAGAGGUUGGUAAAUCAGAACUGCUGAAAGGUGUUGACGAUAUGGUGGAAGAUGUUUCUGAACUGGUUGGUUCCGUUGACGAGGUAGUUUCCAAUAUAGAGCUGGAAGUAGAGGUUGGUAAAUCAGAACUGCUGAAAGGUGUUGACGAUAUGGUGGAAGAUGUUUCCGAACUGGUUGAUUCUGUUGACGAGGUAGUUUCCAAUACAGAGCUAGAAGUGGAAGUUAUUAAAUCAGAGGUGCUGAGAGUGGUUGACAGAAUGGUGGAAGAUGCUUCCGAACUAGUUGAUUCUGUUGACGAGGUGGUCUCCAAAAUGGAGGUGGAAGUAGAAGUCGUUAAAUCUUCAGAGCUGCUGAAAGAGGUUGGAGUGGACGUCGGCGUGACCCCUGCAGAUGUGGGGGUCUCAAUAUACACAGUUCCAGGGGCAGUACCGCUUGGCUGA